CUAACCUACAAUACAAGUCACAACCACCACCAAAUGACGUGUACUAAAUGAAAACACGAACGCGUGAACUUGACAUUGAAAGUUUGUGCUUGUAAUUGCAUUUUUUUUAAGGCUCAAAUAUUUUAUCGUGUAUGUUAUGUGCUUAUUAGUAACCUGUUAGGUAUACAAUUUUCUGUUUGUGUGUUGAGAAAUAAGUCUUAUGGCUUUUUGUGAAUACUAAUUUGGGAAAGAGCAGUUACCUAGAAGAUAAUUGUACAAAAAUUCAUUCUGUUGACACCACAAACAGUCUGAAGCAUGUUGGAUCCUGGAAUGUUUCGUUAUCUUAAACAGCAUCGAUUUCAUGUUGGACGACCUUAUAAAUUGUCUCUGGGGAUUAAAUACAGAGGUCAAAGUUUUCGAGUUUCUCAAAUCCGUUUACAGUCAACGGCACCUACCAAUUUAGUGCAUAGCAACUUGGCUGCAGAUAUUAUUGCCUCAAAUAGUACUGGCAUAUCACAUUCUUACUGGCCAUAUGCUUUCAUUCAGAAUGCCGUAAAUGGCAUCCACUGUAUCUCGGGAGCUCCUUGGUGGGCUUCAAUCAUUCUUACUACAAUUGGUAUUCGCUCUUUAAUGCUUCCACUUACACUACGGUCUAUGAAGAAUGCUAGAGCAUUAUCACAUAUUCAGCCCCGAGUGAAAAAGUAUGUGGAUGCAAUGAAAGCAGCAAAACUGGAGAACGACACGUACGCUGUCACUCAGAAUGCUUAUGCGAUUCAAAAAAUAUACCGAUCUAACAAUAUAAAUCCCUUAACGGUAGCAAUUUCUCCAAUAAUACAGGCAACAGUGUUUAUUAGCUUUUUUUACGGACUUCGAAAAAUGUCACAGGCCUCUAUUGCAGGAUUCAAUAGUGGCGGUCUAUUAUGGUUCAGAGACUUGACAACCUAUGAUCCAUACUAUAUUCUGCCCACGCUUAAUGGCUUGCUUGUAUUUCUUUCCUUUCGUGAAAACGCAAGAUUCGGUACUUCAUCAGCUGCGUCUUCUGUACACAUGCAAACGUUUAUGCAACUAUUCUGUUUACUAACGCCAUUUAUAACGUGUCAUGUUCCAUCCUCUGUCUUUUUGUAUUGGAUACCUAGCACUAUGUUUACCGCAAUCCAAGCACUUGUUACUCGCAGACUCGAUCGAGCAAAGCUUUCAAAUACCAAAGAUCCUGUCAUUCGACAAGGUAGUUUUCCUCAGCAAGUCAAGGAAAUGCUGAAAGCUAUCAAGGACAAUUUCCACCAAAGCUAUUCAAAGUACCAGCAAUUGAGUUAUACACGCUCCUUGAGGGACAAAAGUGCCGUUAAUUUAUUGAGAAACACCGCAAAUCAGCACAAAAAUAAAAGGAAAAAGCAUUCAUAACUUAAGCAUUAUUGAAUUUACGAAUAUUAACUUUGAUUGUCACACAACACUUGCAAAUGCAAUUUAUUAUCUACACUUAGAUACCUCAAAAUCAUCUUUGCUGACAUUUUUUAUUUUUUUAUUUUUUAUUAUUUGGAAGGCCGAACAUUAUACAGAACUAUGAAAGAAUGAAAAGGUCUGUAAAGGCAUCACUCAUUAUGAUUAUUAGUAAACCAUUUCUCAUUU